AUGAACUACAUGGGGCAGCUUGCUGAGACCGUCUUUGUCACGGUGAAGGAGCUGUACCGGGGCCUGAACCCUGCCACCCUGACAGGCUGCAUCGAUGUGGUGGUGGUGAGGCAGCCCGAUAACUCCUUCCAGUGCUCCCCAUUCCACGUGCGCUUUGGGAAGCUGGGUGUGCUGCGCUCCAAGGAGAAGGUGGUUGACAUUGAAAUCAAUGGGGAGCCUGUGGACUUGCACAUGAAGCUGGGUGACAACGGAGAGGCCUUCUUCGUCCAGGAGUCGGAGGAGAAUGAGGGCAGCAUCCCCCCCUGCCUCUGCACAUCCCCCAUCCUCAUGGAGCAGAGUCCCGAGGAUGCCACUCAGCCCUCUCAUGGGCAGGAGGCCUCCAGUGCUGAAGUGGCCGUGCACAAGAGGAGACGGCGCAGGAAGAAGCCCAAGCAGAAGGAGGUUUCGGAUUCUGAGUUAGGAGGCUGUGAGGAGACCAGCAGUGAGACCAGCACAGAGGAGCUGUGCAAGCUGCCAGCCCCCAGCAAUUCAGUGUAUUUCACCUUUACUGAUCUCCCUGAAGAAGAAACUGCAUCAUUGCCAUCUUCAGAAAUGCACCCUUACUCUGAUGGGGAGCUGGCCUCUUUGGACAGCCCCACCCUGAGCCAUCCAUCUUCUCCCAAAAGUGACUCUGAGCUGGAGAUCAGACCGCAGGAGAGUUUUGCUCUAGGGGCUGACUCCCACAUGCAGUGGACAUGGGGAAGGCUCCCUCAGGUGGGCUCAGAGGACCCUAAGCCCCAGCUGGAAAGCCAAAGGAGACCAGGAUCAAUCAAAAGAAGCCCUCAUCUGGGUCCCAGUGACGUUUACCUGGAAGACCUCUCCACCCUGGAUGAGAAGCAGGUGGCUCUCUAUUUCCCCAGGAGUAGUGACAUGGAGCAGAGCUUAAAGCUUGUGGCAGACCCCUGCGACCCUCUGUGUGUCCAGCCGCCAUCUGACUUGCCUGCCGACAGCCCCCCCGACUCUGAUUUGAUGCCCACAAUUGCCCUGUCACUGUGUGGAGGACUGGGGAGCAACGGGCAGAUCUCUCAUGAGAAGUUCAAGGAGCACAUGGUCUCCUACCAGCAGUUUGCUGAGAAUCCGGGACUCAUCGAUGACCCAAACCUGGUGAUACUGAUCAACAAGAAGUAUUACAACUGGGCAGUGGCUGCUCCCAUGGUCCUGUCCCUGCAGGCUUUCCAGAGGAACAUUCCUGAGAGCAUCAUCAACCGACUGGUGAAGGAGAAGAUGCCCAAGAAAGGCAGCAGGUGGUGGUUCUCCUGGAGGAGAAGAGAAUUCCCAGGGGAGGAGCAGCAGCCGAGGCCAGGGAAAGCCAAUGUGGGGAUGCUGCAGCCUGACUCUGCUCAGCAGAGGCAGGAGGAGGUGAUGUCAUCCAGUGACGAUGAGCCACUGCAUCCUGGGGACACGUUAGCAGUGGAUGUCCCUGCACAGAAACCUCAACCAACCUACAAGAAGUCCCUCCGGCUCUCCUCCGAACAAAUCGGAAGGCUGAAUCUGCAGGAUGGCCCCAACGAGGUGGCAUUCAGUGUGACAACUCAGUACCAGGGCACGUGCCGCUGUGAGGCCACCAUCUACCUGUGGAACUGGGAUGACAAGGUGGUGAUCUCGGACAUCGAUGGCACCAUCACCAAGUCAGAUGCUCUAGGGCACAUCUUGCCACAUCUGGGCAAAGACUGGACUCAUCAUGGGAUUGCCAAGCUCUUCCACAAAAUCCACCUGAAUGGCUACAGGUUCCUCUACUGCUCAGCCAGAGCGAUCGGCAUGGCACACAUCACCAAAGGCUACCUCAAAUGGGUCAACGAGCAAGGCUGUGCCCUCCCCAGGGGCCCUAUCCUGCUUGCCCCCAGCAGCCUCUUCUCUGCCUUCCACAGGGAGGUUAUUGAGAAGAAGCCAGAGGUGUUCAAGAUUGCCUGCUUGAUGGACAUCCGAAAUAUCUUUGCCACAAAGAUGCCCUUCUAUGCAGCCUUUGGGAACAAAGCAAGUGAUGUCUACGCUUACAAGCAAGUGGGUCUGCCAGAGAGCCGCAUGUUCACGGUCAACCCCAAGGGAGAGCUGAUGCAGGAGCUCUCCAAGAACCACACGUCAACGUACGAGCGGCUGUCGGAGCUGGUGGAGCUGAUCUUCCCUCCCCUGGGACAGAGUGGGACCAUUGCUCUGGCGUGUCCAGAGUACAGCCACUUUGCCUACUGGAGACCUCCACUGCCUGCUGUUGACUUGGAUGCCUUCUCCUGA